CGGCCGCCGCGCUCGCAAAGCCGCUGCCUUUAUAUAUACCCGCGCGCCGUCCCUCCCUCCGUGCCAGCGACUCCCUCUCUCUCUCCCACAAACCAAGGCCACGGUUCCUGACCACCACCACCACGGCACCACCACCACCACCAGCAGCCAGUGCCCGGAUCCGGCGAGGGUGCGCCGGAGCAGCUAGCGACGAGGUGAACUGAUCGAUCGACCGGCAGCAGCAGCAGCAUGGGGCUGAGGAAGCGCCUGCUGCUGUGCUUCGGGCGCGGCGGCGAGGAGGAGCGGCGGCAGGAGGAGAAGCGGGAGGAGGCGGGGGGCAAGCGCCCCGGCGGCGGCGGCGGGGGGAAGCCGAAGCUGCGGCGGCUGAGCACGGCGAACCUGCGGUCGCUGUCGCUGCAGGACCUGUCGCGGAAGCUGGAGACCACCAGGCUGCACGCCUUCACGCUGGACGAGCUCAAGGCCGCCACCAAGAACUUCUCCGCCGCCAACUUCCUCGGCGAGGGCGGCUUCGGCCCCGUCUACAAGGGCUUCGUCGACGCCCGCCUCCGCCCGGGCCUCCUCGAGCCCCAGCACGUCGCCGUCAAGUACCUCGACCUCGAGAGCGACGGCGUCCAGGGGCACCGCGAGUGGCUGGCGGAGGUUGUGUACCUCGGGAUGCUGAGCCACCCGCAUCUGGUCAAGCUGGUGGGGUUCUGCAACCAGGACGACCACCGGAUGCUGGUCUACGAGUACAUGCCCAGGGGCAGCCUCGAGAACCACCUCUUCAAGAAUCUCCUCGCGUCGCUGCCAUGGUCGACGCGCCUCAAGAUCGCCGUCGGCGCCGCCAAGGGGCUGGCGUUCCUGCACGAGGCGGAGACUCCGGUGAUCUACCGCGACUUCAAGGCCUCCAAUAUUCUGCUCGAUUCGGACUACACCGCGAAGCUGUCUGAUUUCGGGCUGGCCAAGGAGGGCCCCAAAGGGGACGCGACGCACGUGACGACGCGCGUGAUGGGCACCCACGGGUACGCGGCGCCGGAGUACAUCCUGACGGGCCACCUGACGGCCAAGAGCGACGUGUACAGCUUCGGCGUGGUGCUGCUGGAGCUGCUCACGGGGCGGCGCUCCGUGGACAAGCGCCGCCGCGGGCGCGAGCAGAACCUCGUCGACUGGGCGCGCCCCUACCUUCGGCGCGCCGACAAGCUGCACCGGGUCAUGGACCCGGGCCUGGAGAUGCAGUACUCGGCGCGCGCCGCCGAGAAGGCGGCCCGGGUGGCGCACCAGUGCCUGCAGAGCGUGCCCAAGGCGCGGCCCUCCAUGCGCGACGUCGUGGCCGCGCUGGAGCCGCUGCUCGCGCUCGAGGACGACGUGCCCACGGGGCCCUUCGUGUACACGGUCGGCGGCGCCGCGCCGGCCGCCGCCGCGGCGGGCGGCGACGAGGAGCAGGAGGAGGAGGAGGCGGCGGAGGCCGGCGGCCGGCAGGGCAAGAGGCACGUCAUGUCCGCCGUGCACGCGGAGAGCCCGCUGCGCUACGCGAGCGCGGUGAAGAGACCGGAGAGCCCGCCGACCCUGAGCAGAGCGUGAGAGCAUGGCGAGAACCGGCGAAGGGAUCGCAAUCUACAAGUGUACAUAGCUGACAACGACGUGUCCAUGGAUUCUUUUGUUUUUGGGUUUCUUGGUGAUGUUAUUAAUUCUUGCUCCCAGGAAUUUAGAGGGGAGAGAUCUUCUUUCGUUUCCCAUUGUGUUAUUAUUAGUAUACCGCCGAGAAUAUGAAUACCUCGAAUUGAUGUAUUUGUAUACUGGAUUUUUGAGGCAACAGUAUUGCAAAAGAGUAUCAAUCAACAUCAUUACUCUGAA